AUGUCAAGUCUAGCCGAUCUCAUUAGCAGCGUCAAAUCCAACACAAAGUCCAACACGCUAUUACAAAAGAACCUCGCAAGCAAACGGAAAAAGUCAACAACUGAGCCAAACAAACCAGUCAAGAAACCCAAGAGAGUCGAUGCUUCUAAGGACAACGAGGACAAGGGUCCCAAGGUGGUCGUUUUCGAUGGAUCAGUAUUAGACAAGAAGCCAACGAUUGAAGAUGCCAAGGCAAAAAAGGCGUUCAUGUCAUCUGAUAUCUUCAAGGAGGACAAGGUAGUGGAGGCUGUUAAGCCCAAGAAUGAAAAGGAGAAAGCUGAAGAAGAAGAGAAUCAACGCAAGGAUGCUGAGCUGCAUCAGCUUCUUUCUACAUCUAAGCUGCUCGAAGAAUACCAUGUUGAGGAGAUGACUGGCAAGGAACGGAGGAAACACAUGAUGAAUAAGCUCGAAACAUUGGGUGCCAAGAAAUCAGGCAACGCAAACAUGCCAUUGACUAUGCAUAUGGGUAUGAAGGCCAAGGAACGUGAACGAGAAAAGAAGCGUGUUCAAGAUGCCAAAGACCUUGGUUUGUGGGAUAGGUCGCUCAAACAUUUGUAUGCAUCCAAAGUGGUCAAGAAGAAAGAGCGUAGUCGGGAUCCAGGUAUCACCAAUGGUGUUGGUCGCAUGAAAGGUGGCACUCUUCAUAUUGGCAAAAGCGAGCUUAGGAGGAUUGCUCAAGAUGGCGCCAAACGUCCUGCAAGAGGAGGCAAAAAGAGAAGAUAA